UCCACCUUUCUGUGGCACUGGGUCAGCAGGCAAUCUCGUCCUGCAGAGCGAGAACAGCUCUGGGAACCUGAGAGGAUAGCUAGCCCAUAGCCGAUCCCUCCCACCGCACGGAUGGAUGGCUCCCGCAGAAUUUACCUAUGACCAGCCCCAUGUGUGCGUGGAGAUGAGCGAAGCCUGCUGCCGUCCCUACAUACGGUGUGGCACCAGUAGCAAAAGCGGCGAAGGGCUCUGCGGAGCGCGCUACGCCGCUCUGUGCCUGGAAAGUUUCGCCUGCCUUUAUAUUAAAUCCCUGGUUUCCUUGGAAACGCGACCCUGGCGAGGAGAUUCCAGCUUUCCAACUGGUAUCGGUUUCCAGCUCCACAUCGUACAAACUGCAGUCUGUGAGGACAUGAAGCUGCCUGGAGAACGGCCGUCCACUGUUGAAACCGACCGCGCACGUGAGAGUCGGUUUCUCUCCAACUUUGCGGAGCCUAUGUAACCUCACUUUCGUCUCUUUUAAUAUUUUUUCUAAUUUUUUGCCUUUUUCACGUUGUGUCUCUGUUCCACCGCAGGAUGUGCUAAUUUCGUGACGCGCUGCUUUAUUCCUAUCCCUUAUUAUGAGCUUGGAGACAGAGGCGGGUCCGGUCUACAGGGGCACCGAGCCAGAACCGAAAGGAGGCGCUACAGCGGGCGUCCAAAGCAGCUCAACGGACCGUCGCGCAAGUGACUGGCAAGUGGAGGAGCAGCAGCAGCAUCACCCGGGACUUACCCGGCAGGAGGAGCUCAAUCCAGGAGAGGGACACAGCGGCUGUAGCGGCGAGGACAGCGUCAAGGCAGUGAACGGGGAGGGUUCCUACAAAGUGCAGCCCUCGCACUCGGACUGCAGCAGCGAGAACAGCAUCCCGACCCCGAGCUGUAGGAUUUGCUUUCAAGGUGCUGAACAGGGUGAACUGUUGUAUCCUUGCCGAUGUGAUGGCUCAGUGAGGUACACUCAUAAGCAAUGCCUUUUGAAAUGGAUCAGUGAAAGGGGCUCCUGGUCAUGUGAACUGUGCUGUUACAGAUAUCAAGUGAAAACAAUCAAAAUGAAGAGACCCUGUCAGUGGCAACCCAUCACAAUUACUUUAGUGGAAAAAGUCCAAAUUAUUGCUGUCUUCCUGGGAUCACUGUUUCUGGUGGCAAGCAUUUCCUGGCUCAUGUGGUCUGCACUAAGUCCGUUUGCAGUGUGGCAGAGGAGAGACGUCUUGUUUCAGAUCUGCUAUGGGAUGUAUGGCUUUAUGGACUUAGUAUGUAUAGGCUUAAUUAUUCAUGAAGGGGCUGCAGUUUUCAACGUCUUCAAACGGUGGAGAGCUGUGAAUCUCCACUGGGAUGUGGAGAACUAUGAUAAGACUGCCGACGUGGAAGAAAAUAGCAGCAAUGGGGGCUCUUCAGCCAGCAAAUCUUUGUGGUUACCACUAGCCAGUUUCCGCAACAGGGGCUCAAUCCACCCAUCUCACGUUGGCUCCCAUCGAUAUCACUGUGGCUUUACUCUCCUGCAACUGUGCAACAGGCUAACAAACCAGGAAGACACCAGUGAGGAUAACAGUUCAGGAGUGGUGGUAAUGAGAGUAACCUCCGUAUAAAAGGUGCUGCCAUCCAAAUGCAGUGACUCGUCAUCAGUGCUUCAUGUGAAUGUAUAUGCCAUUAUUAAACUAGUUGAUCCAUCUAAAUGCAGUACAAAGUGAAAGGUUACUGUUGUUCAUUCUAUGGAAACGGGACAAUUUGGGAUUGCAAUAUUUUGAAUAUUAAAAAUUCUUCCUGUUUUCAAAAUCUUCAGUUAAUCCAAAAAUGCUGGUAUGGAAUAGUAGAGUGACCUGAUUGGAAAAGCUUUAAAGUCAUUUAUUAAUCUAUUAUUGUUGACAAAAACCAACGAGUUAACUUAGUGGAAACAAAGGUGAACAAAAGGUUUUAUUCCUGCAAAUUCUCUAGUGUCUACCAAACAUAUUUCUGCAAUGCUCAAAGCAAUCUGGGACAAAUAUAUUCUUUAUGUACAGUCUGUACUGGAUAAGUAAUGUUAAUGCCUAUAUAAUGGGAUAGAGUAUUAUGGUAGAGUGGUUAGUAAUGUGAACUCACAGCUUACAGAGACUUGCUUUCAUAUCCUGGACCAGUGCUUAUUGCUACAUUUCCUGUAAACUCCACAUACUGCAAUGCAUAAAAAUACUAUCUGUUUCUAAUGAGCUGGAACAAUACCUGAAACUAACAGUUACGCAAUGGUUAAAGUCGCUUAGAUCAUUCAUCUUUUCCAAUUUAAUGUUAGUUGGAGUAGAUACUCUUUUUGACUAGGUGUGCAUGUUCUGUUUUUACACUCAGGUGCAACUGUAUGAAAAAGUAGGCUGUUUGCCUUAACAAGCAGAUAUACCUAAUGACUAGGCCACUGAAUAUAUAUAUAUAUAUAUAUAUAUAUAUAUAUAUAUAUAUAUAUAAAGGAGAAAAUUAAAAUUAAACUCUUACUGUACAAUUGUUUAGGGACGGAAUAAUACAUUAAACUGGUAGUUUGACAGAGUGGAGCUUGAUGUGUACACUUUUAGUUGUGUUUGUGAGGCUCUUGCUGCAGUUGAUUUGGGUUAUGUUACAGCUUAUUACUAGCUGUUUUUGUAUUUACAUAUAAAUUAUUUAUAUCAUAAUGGACAGAGGCUAAAACCAUAUUGAUCUUUAUUAAAAUCUGAAAUACAUUAAAACUGGUACCUGACAGUUUUCACUAAUAUGUGUAUUGCACUGAUCUGGCAAAAACUGCUUCAAUAGUGAUUAUAUUCUUUGAUAUAAAAUCAGUAAACCCUCAUAUCCCUUGAUUUUUUUGCUUAAUCUGUGUGACCUUACCCAUUGGCAGUGGGAGGUUAAAGUGAAUUGGAUGCCUGCCCUGUAUUGUUCUCAUGUAGCUUUAAUCUACAUAAACAUUAAUUACCCUUACACUAGAAACUAUAUACAGUACAAUACAAGUAAUUCAUGUUUUUAGUUCAUGUUCAGGAAUACUGUUUGGUGCUUUCUGAUGGAGAUAACCUCUAAAACAGAUCUAUUUCAAAUGGACAUUUUUUAUUGUUUUGUAAGUAUUCAAUAAAAUGUAUGUAUUUUUAUAAUGCAGUGUGGUUUGAAAGUGUGAAGAGUAAAUGUUAAAAACAGUUAAUAACCAUUUUUGCAUGGAAUAUUCAGUACAAAUUUUUACCAGAACACCUUAACUUGAAAAAUACAUUUUACCAUUUAAGGAAUUAUUUGAAAUUAGGGCUACAUUGUGUCCUGUUUCCAUAGAAUAAUGCAUUAAGCACUUUUUGAUGGGAGUGGGAUAAAAGCUAAUACAUU